UGAGAGAAAACUUGUCCGAGUAUAUUUGUAAAGUUAAAUUGGUUUCGGUUGUUCUAGUCGUGUCAUUAGUCGGUACUAAUCUUCGACGGCGUUCCUAUGGUGAGUUUUUGUUGUGACCAGUGCCAAGAAGUUGUAAAAAAACCCAAACUAGAAAAACAUUUUUUUAUUUGUAGAACACGCUCAGUCUCUUGUGUGGACUGUGGAACGACUUUUGAUCGAGCUAGUGCUACAUCCCACAUAACUUGUAUUACAGAAAAGGAGAAAUAUGAAAAGCAGCAAGUAUCUAAAGAACUCUUACAACGCUUAGAAGGAGACUCAAACCUUUAUUGCAAAACUUGUAACAUUUCUUUUAAUAGUGCACUUCAAGGGGAACAACACUAUCAAAGUAAGCGCCACAUAUCGGCAACAAAGAGACGAUUGGCAGACGAUAAUGCAACUACUGGCUUGAAUAGUGUCAGUGGUGAGAAGGAGAGUAAUGCUAUUCAAGAGACUUUUAUAACCAACUAUCAUCAAGGAACCAAUGGAACUGACAAAGUGAAGGCGUUGAAAACAGACAACCAGAGAGGUUCCGAUAAAAAACAGGCGAAAAGCUUUUCUCAGAAGAAAGUUGGUUUGAAGAAAGCCAUCAAGAAACUUGUCGUUUCAAAUGGAAUUCGUAUGAGUUGUUUACUAAAAAAAUUACAAAGACAGGGCUUUUCUUCAGUAGAUUUAGAAAGAAGAGUGCGCAGACGAAUUGAGAAAAGUAGAAAACUUUUCAUGAAUGGAAAAAGAGUAAAACUAAAAGAUUAGUUUAAUGAAAACUGUCCAUGUUCA